CACGCCUCUGCAGCCUCCGCCUCCGGGCAGCGUGAGUUGGUUUUAUUAUUAUUAUUACAAUGCACUGAGCUGGUCAAGUCUCAGCUUUGCCCACAGAACGCAGGUAGGAGAGCACACGAAAUCCCUCCCCAGAGCCAGACCUCUAUGUUCCGUCUCUUGCGCGCUUCGUCGGGUUUGGACUGAAGUCCAGCUUAGUUUGUUUAACGGCCUGCUGUUGGCUUUUUGCAGGAGGUGGGGUUUUGGCUCAAGGGUUUUCUCAAUAGUUUUUUUUUUUUUUUUUUUUUGCUGUUGAAGUUUGAAACAGACUUUGGCUUCUCGACUGACUAGCUACACGUCUGCUCGCUCGUCUGCUUGCACGGAAGAAGCUUUUUAUCCGUGUGCGUUUCUACUGGAACGAAGAGUAAUACAAAGUAAAGCAUUACCGUAACCCAGCAAGUGGAAGACCAGAGGAAAAAGGUGCAUUUCAACAUGACAGCGAUAGAUCUGGACACGUACAGCCUGUCGCUUUUAACAGCCAAAGAAGACAUCCAAAACCUCAGAUCGUCCACUAACUGGGCCCUGUUCGCUUACGAUGGAACCACCAACAAACUCAAACUCUCAGACUCAGGAGCUGGUGGCGUGGCGGAGCUGGCAGGGAAGCUCCACAACAGUCGGCCGCUCUACGGGUUCUGUCGUGUGGAGGCUCCGGGUUCGGGACAGCCCCGGCUCGUCAUGAUCAUCUGGGUGGGAGAGGGUGUGGAGGAGCCCAGGAAGACAGUGUGUGCCGGUCACGUCCCAGCCGUCAAGAACUUCUUCAAGGAGGCUCACGUCUUCAUCAACGCGCACAGCCCCGCCGAGGUGACAGUGGAGAACAUGAACAACAUCGUCAGCAAGAUAGCGCCCCCUGCUGAGCGGCUGAGGAGGCAGGCCCGCGUGGCCGACGCCAAGGAGACAGUGGGCACAAACUACAGGAAGACCAACGCUGCCAUGGAGGGAGGGAGGGGCAGGCGGGUCAACAGGGAAUCUUUCUGGGCGAGGUCUGAGCGCGAGGAGGAGGAGAGGAAGGAGGAAGAGCGGCGGCGUGUCCUGGAAGAGAGGAGGCAGUGGGAGAGGGAGCGAGUGCUGCAGGAGAGGAAGGAGGCUGAGGAAAGGGAGCGCAAGCUGAGCGAGAAGGAGAGCCUGCUGGAGGAGAAGAGGAGACUGCAAGCCAAGCUGGAGACAGAGGCACGGAAAAGAGAAAAAUCCAAGUGGGAGGAGCAGCAGAGGGAGCACGAGGAGGAGAUGAGAGCGCGGUUCCGGCGGAGCGAGUCUAUUGAGAUGGCAGCCGAGGCAGCAGUGCUUGUGUCUCAGCGCUCCAUGAACCCAAGAGAAUUCUUCAGACAGCUCUCCUCCUCUUCCAGGACCCCCACCAGCCCAGGCUCCCCACACUCAGGCAAGCCGUUCCGACGGUACCAGCGCAGUCUCACCGACACUGCCUUCAUAUUCAACAAAUGUGACUCCCCCAACUCUCCCCGCAGCCCCACCCCGACCUCGCCCCUCUUCCACCCCCCCAGCCCUUUCCGAGCCCACCCUCUGCACCAUACCAGCUCCCCAUCUCCCUCCAGCCCUAGCAGGGCCUAUCCGACCUUCAGUCCCAUCCGUUCCUCACCCCAGGCCCUCUCUCCCCCCUAUAGCCAGCCCCCGGCACUCCCCAACUCUCCCUGUGCUCUCCAGACCAGCCCCCACCGCUGUGAGGCCUCCCCUUCCUCUGCCCCCUCUCCUCCUACAGGGGGAGCUGUCUCUGUGCCAAGUGCUGCUGCACCAGUACAGAAUUCACCCUCCAGACGGAAUGGAGCCGACAUCACAGAACUGGACACAACCUCAAAAGUGGCGAAAGACUGCAGAGAGGAAGAAGAGUUCAAGGUCGAUACGCUCUACAAAGUGGAGAUCGCCUCCAAAGAGCAGGCAGAGCGACCAGCUGAGGUGGACCGGGAGACAAGGCCCUCACAAGUGCACUCACACCCAGUCCUCACUACAGAAACAGACCUGGGAGUGCAGACCGAACUCAAACCCAGGAGAGACACUGGAGUGGAGAACGCUCCCUCGGAGGCAGCGGAAUUCGGACCAGAGCCACCGACGCCCUCUGAAACAGCAGCAGGAACUGAGACACACCUUGUAUUGGAGACACAAAGAGAGGCCGUCUCGAGAAUGGAGAAUGGAUUCAAGUGGGGCUGUGAAGCUCCGGCAGCCUGUGAAGCAGCCUCCGUAGAGUCAGAAACAGAGUCAAAGGCAGGGCUGCCCUUCACUCCGGCAGAAGAGGUGCUGAGGAGCGAGGAGAAGGAGACCGACCCAGCAGAGCAGCGAGAGCGGGAGGCUGUUACUACUGGCAUCGUGGGCACCGUGUCUCCACUGCAGCUCAGUUCAACAGAAGAAGAUGUGCUGAGGAGCGAGAAGGAGACUGACCCAGCAGAGCAGCGAGAGCGGGAGGCUGUUACUGCUGGCAUCGUGGGCACCGUGUCUCCACUGCAGCUCAGUUCAACAGAAGAAGAUGUGCUGAGGAGCGAGAAGGAGACCGACCCAGCAGAGCAGCGAGAGUGGGAGGCUGUUACUACUGUCAUCGUGGGCACCGUGUCUCCACUGCAGCUCAGUUCAACAGAAGAAGAUGUGCUGAGGAGCGAGAAGGAGACCGACCCAGCAGAGCAGCGAGAGUGGGAGGCUGUUACUGCUGGCAUCGUGGGCACCGUGUCUCCACUGCAGCUCAGUUCAACAGAAGAAGAUGUGCUGAGGAGCGAGAAGGAGACCGACCCAGCAGAGCAGCGAGAGUGGGAGGCUGUUACUGCUGGCAUCGUGGGCACCGUGUCUCCACUGCAGCUCAGUUCAACAGAUAAAGAUGGAGUGAUAGAAACAGACGAAGAAGUACAGAAGGAGCUGAUGAGUGAGAUGAGUCUGGUAGAGGAGGACGAUGGAGAGAUAGAGGAGGAGGAGGAGGAGGAGGAGGAGGGAGAGAGAGAGUCAUCUGUAGAACGCAAUGGCACAGCAGAACUGAACCACCAGACGGAAGAGCACAGUCCCCAAAAUGCACCAAAGCAGGACUCUGCGUCUACUCACUACAGAGCAGUGCAUGCUGGGACUGAAGUUGACCACACAACCAAAGAGCAGGAAGAGAGGAGUGAGAGGGUGAAUGGAAAGGAACAUUCCAAAGAGCCAGAGAGAGAGAUGUGUGUGCGGGCACUGUACGACUAUCAGGCUGAAGACGACUCUGAGCUGUCAUUUGAACCCGGUGACAUCAUCAGUGCUGUGGAGAUGGUGGACCAGGGGUGGUGGCGUGGCUGCAGUGAAGACGGUCGGCAGGGUCUCUUUCCAUCCAGCUACGUGGAAACCCUUUAGAAAAGGACAGGAGAUUGGGGGAGGGGGUCACAUUUUAAAGCUUCCCAGACAAAAAGGGCUUCUAUUGAUCCUGUACACUGCCCCCUUGUGGAACAUGUGAUUAUUGCAGGUCGAACACAGAACACAGCUCAUUCUGAAGCCCUGUGCUGGUUGUUAGUGGUUUCAGUGGCUUAACAAUGUGUGUAAUUCAGUGUUUUUUUUUUUUAAUUUUUUUUUUUAAUCUGCUUUGCUUAUAAAGUCUUAAAGCUAUCAUACGAUUGUUAUCAAUUGGAUACUAUCUUCAGCUGAAAGCAGACCUUGUCUGUUUUUUUCUCAGCAUUCCUCUCCUAUUGUUGUAUUUGUGCAGGACACAGGCCUCUCUCCCACUUUAACCCUCUCUUGCCCCAGUUUCUCUCUGUGAUCACCAGACUUUCUGCUGCUGCUGCUGUUCUAGCACAAGCAGGAGGAUAUUAAGAGUUCCACCUGCCAGCGUUGAUAUAGCUCUGGAACUCAAAGUGAAUUUAUACAGUGAAUAAUGUAGUUUUGUUUUCGUGUAUUAUUUGUUGGUACAGCUGAGAGGAAAAUGUAAUGCUAGAAUUCCUACUCCAAGCAAAGCUAUUACAGUGAAUUACCCCUGACAUUGUAAGGAUGUGCUGUUGUUUCGUGCAAGCGUUUAUAAAAGUAAUAACAGCUUGUCUUUCAGGGCAUAUCAUUUUUGUGUCAGAGUGUAGUUUAAGUAGGAAACCUUGCUUUUAACAC